UUCUUUCGUGGCCUGGCAACCAGAACAGGCUUUAUUAAACAACCCCCUCCACCAGCAAUCAGGUUGCUACGUGCGCUAGUUGUUUGAAUAUUCUAUCAAGGUUCAACUCUUCAAACGCCAUCAUGUCUGCAAGAACUCUGCCGCUGCUUUUUAUAAAUCUCGGCGGUGAAAUGCUGUACAUCCUGGACCAGCGGCUUCGAGCUCAGAAUAUACCCGCCGACAAGGCAAAGAAAGUUAUGAAUGACAUCAUCACCACUAUGUUCAACAAAAAGUUCCUGGAGGAGCUUUUCAAGCCACAGGAGCUUUAUUCCAAGAAGGCCCUGCGGACUGUGUUUGACAGGCUGGCACAUGCAUCCAUUAUGAGACUCAAUCAAGCUAGUAUGGACAAGGCAAGUCUUUUUCAUAAGUCAACGCUUUACGACUUGAUGACCAUGGCUUUCAAAUAUCAGGUGCUUCUCUGCCCCAGACCAAAGGACAUCCUUCUUGUCUCCUUCAACCACAUGGAUGCGAUUAAAGACUUUGUGAAAGAUACCCCCAGCAUUCUCGGUCAGGUUGAUGAAACUUACCAACAGCUCAUCGAGAUGUAUACACCUCUGUCUAAUGGUGAAUUCCAGCUGAUUAGACAAACUCUUCUCAUCUUUUUUCAAGACAUGCAUAUAAGGGUUUCAAUUUUCCUAAAAGACAAAGUACAGAGCUCAAAUGGUCGAUUUGUGCUCCCCACCUGUGGUCCUGUGCCACAUGGAACACAAGUUCCUGGUUUAAUAAGGAUUUUUAGUUGUUCUGGUGAUGAGCUAACAAGGCAGAAGUUCAAUAAUGGAGGAAACUACAACUCCCCGCUUCGAGAAGGAUCUUUUGACAUUUUUGGAGAUAGGAUCACAAAACUUGGCACAAACAUGUACAGUGUAAGCCGACCUGUGGAAACUCAUAUGUCCGGUACAUCUAAAAAUUCCGCACAGCACACAAAGGUCAACGCUGCUCCGAACCCUUUGGCCAAAGAAGAGCUGAAUCUGUUGGCCAGAUUAAUGGGAGGCUUGGAUGUUCAGAAACCAGGAAAUACUGACAGCGGCUUCCGAGUAAACCUCUUUGCCACAGACGAGGAAGAGGAAGAAGCUUUAAUAUCAAGACCUGAUGAGCUUUCCUAUGGAGUGAUAAACAUCCAAGCAACAAAGGACCAGCAGGCCAACCCAGAACUGGCCAAGAUCAUGGGAGAGUUCACAGAGUCUGGAGAUCAAUGUGACGGUGCCAGCAGCAAAGGAGACGACCUUUUGGCCAUGAUGGACGGCCUGUGACAUGGUCAGUCAUGACAAGAAUGCUCAGGAAGGUUAUCCACAGUGCGUCAUCAACAGUCGAAACUACUGUAGAUCAGUCUGCCGUCACGACCUCCAAAUGCUCUGCAGAAACCUCAUAAGCCCGUUCCUCCUUGGAGUACAUUUAAGAUGAGGAUGUGAUCAGAUACAAUACAGAUUUGGUGAGAAAAGCUUUAACCUGUACAGGGGUUUGAUAGUAUGUUUGCUGUAAACAUGGAGAGGUUUCAGUGCAUACAUGAGUAUGAUGAAUAUGUGUAUGUGGUAAUAUCAAAGCAUCUAUUGGUAUGUCAAGUUGCAUUUUACCAGCAUCUUAACUGUAUGAAACAUUCUUUCCACACAGUGUCAUUUAAUCCCUAAUACCAUAACAUCCUGAAAUUGGGAUUUUUCCCCAAUUUUUCCCUACUACAUUUAGUGCACAGGGUAAAAUGUGAGGCCAAAUUCCUUCCAAUAACAUGUGAUUAAAUGAUUCUGUGGGGAAAACAAUAGAAAACCCAAGUGCUCUUGCUAUUUUGGUUUCAGAUCCCUUAAAUGUUUUUAUGUGUUUUGCUGAGACUGUGUUGUUCUACCUUAACUUUUAAAGAAGUAUGCGUAUCAACUCAAAAGCGUAUGCUCCUACCCUGUGAUGUCUAUGCAUGAUGAGAUAAGGGUGUGCUUCUUCUGGAGGACAGUGUUAUAAUACGGAGAAAUGCAAUAUAAGACACAAUCCAUCCAUCCAUUUUCUGUACCCCUUUAUCCAAGCAGGGCUGUGGGAAGGGUGGAGCCCAUCCCAGCCGUCUUUCGGUGAAAGGCAGGGUACGUCCUGAACAGGUCACUAGUCCAUGACGGGGUAUAAUACACUUUAUAAAGUCAAAAUAUUUCUGUUGACAACUUUAUUUAUUGAAUGUAUCAUUUUCUGUGUAUAGAGAAAUUCAUAUUGCUACAAAUGCUAAAUUAUUGAUUGUGAAAUUUAGUAUUUCUAUUAAAUAGAUGAAAAAUAAGUUAUGUGUAAUGUUUAUGUGCCC